AUGUCACAAUUUCUUCCGCUCAGGAUAUCGCCGUCGAAUCCGGCUCUGGCACUGGUUGUCAGCUUAUUACUUUCGUCCGGAGUUCGAGCAGAUAACAACCAUGGCACCGACGCCCCUGAUACUCCUGGAACGUCAUCUGGUGACAGUGGAUCCUCUGCGGACAAUGCCGCCGGAGCGUCUGGUAGUAAUGGAGGCCUAUCGAAAACGGCUCAGAUUGUUAUCGGCGUGGUAGUCGGUGCCGUUUGCCUUGCAGCGAUCGGUUUAGGCGUAUGGUUCUUCCUUAGGAAAAAACGAAAGUGGGACGAGCAAGCCAAACGAUACGAAACCAUACACGCCUUUCGCAAGUCCGCCGGGGCCCGUCGAGAGAACGAAAUGUCUCUUCGCCCUCCAAAGCGUCGACGACGACGAGAUCGAGAGCAGCAGCGCGAUCUCGAACGAGGCAAUGUCGAGACCUCGGAGCCCGGGCUCCCCAGAUACGACCCAUCGGCUUUCCAGCACAAGAACGAGCAUAGUAUUGAUUCAACUCGCGGGUUGUCGAUUGAUUUGGCGCGGCAUUCGUUUGUGAUGGAUAAUAAUCGAUAUCAACAACAUCAGAGAAACUCGUCGCAGUUCUCGGGUAUCAUGCGUCCUCCGCCGCCUCCGGGUCCGCCUCCUGGUCGAGGAAGCACGUCGAUGGAGAUGACGAGUUCGCUGGAUAUGAGUCGCGGUGCAUCGCCCACUGAAGGAGCUGACCAUUCUAACACCGACUCGCCAACGCCAAUGCUUCAGGGUAGCCGAGGAGGAUUCAGAGGAACAUUCAAAGGACCGAAGAAGCCCAAGCCCGUCUUGACUCGUCUGAUCACCAAUCUCUGA